UGAGAGCUUCAAAGGUUUGUACAGGACUUUACAAAGCGUGACCCGAAGUCUAAAUAUCUAUUUGGAUAUUCUAAAUGCUUCAGUAAAUUGUUCUUUUGGCUCAGAGAGAAAACAGAGCAGCUUCUGUGUGAAUAUCAACAUUAUCCUUAUCAGAGUUGUGUAGAUUUGUUAAUUGGAUAUGGCCAAGGGCGACAAGAGAAAGGGAAAGAAGCGGAAGCACGAAGACGAGCCCGAAGAAUAUACUGUAGAGAAGAUUUUAGGGAAACGUGUCAAAAACGGACGAAUUGAAUACCUGCUGAAAUGGAAUGGCUUUCCGGAUUCGGACAAUACAUGGGAGCCCAAGGAAAACCUAAUCUGUCAAGAAUUACUGGAGGAGUACGAGGCACAGCUUGCGACCAAAAGUAGAGAGAAGAAAAAAGCUGAAAGCAAAAAGAAGACAAGUGCAGUAAAGACGGAACAACAGCCUUUGGCACAGCACUCAGAGCCGGACACAACCAUAGCUUCUCAAGAGGCGGAGAGCAAAGCAGAAGCCAUGGCGGCAGCCGAUGAUGGUGGAGCUGCGUUGCGCGCACCUGACUCACCAGCUGGUUUUGACAGAGGCCUUUCGUUGAGGUCAAUCAUUGGAGCGACUGAGGAGAACGGACAAAUCUUCUUUUGUAUUGAGUGGGAAGGCCGCAAAGAACCUGACCUUGUACCGGCGAAGAUAGCCAAUGUCAGAGCUCCGCAGGAUGUUAUUAGAUUUUAUGAAUCUAAGCUCUCCUGGCAUGACAGCGAAGAUGUGGGAGAGGCUUGAGGGAAGGAAGGUGCAGCAUUGUUGUGGAAUAAUAGGCCCCCUUGAAGGGGUGGCUGCUUUUCAAUUUACCGCUAAUUCCUGAACCUGCAUGAGCCCGGGUCGGGCCCUGCGUUGAGACUUUGUCACUUUGUACAGUCCAGCAGCAGCGGCAGCCGUGGCAGUGAUGCUUUUCUUCAUGCCUUCUUGCUGUCGCCGUCCUGUCUCUCCUUCAGUCAUGGUCGACUCCUGCUGAUGCCCUGUGCUGUUGCCAGUGAAGAUCUACAUCACCAUUUGUAUGCUGGCGGUGAUCACCCCGCUGGAACUGGAGCAAGUAGCAACAGCAGCACACAGUUGUACGGAUGGCGAAGCUCCCGGGCUGUCUGCUGGCUAUACCUAUGUUACAUCUCUUGUCAUCGUUGCCGUGGCUACGCCCUAUCUGAGAGCCUCUCAGUGCUGCCGAAUUUUGAGUAGUUUGACUUUACAUCCUGUUACCAUGGCCCCGGCGGUGUCAGUGGUCUUCUGGCUAGGUGUGUGCGUGCGUGUGUGGGUGUGCGUGCGUGUGUGCGUGCGCGCAUGUGUGUGUGUGUGUGUGUGUGGGUGUGUGUGGGUGUGUGUGUGUGCUCGCCAAUGCACGGAUGCACUGGCGUGCACACAUCAUGUGUUUUGUACUGCUGUGCGUGUCGCCAUGUCCUAUGUGUGCUGUGGUGUGUGCUCUACUCUACUGUACUGUACUGUACUGUACUGUACUGUACUGUACCAUGUGUGUGUUUGUCUUCCUCGUUCUUCUUUGUACCUCUCUUUGUGCGUUGUGAUCAUGCUGACGGCAUGCUAUAUUCGUUACUCCCUCUUUUUACUUACUGUUUUUUAGUACUUUUCAUUAGGAAACACUGUGUGAGUCUGUGAGCAAGCGAGUCCUUUUUCUGCUCAAGUUGGAAGGUUUUUGUCAAAUUUCCGCACCUGCGAAGUGUAUUUGUAUGAUAGCAUUUUGUCUUUUCCUCUGAUCUUGGCUCCUAGUUCAAUAACUUUAAUUAGCAGCAGUAGUAGUAGUACAGCAGUGCACAGCUGGCUUUGCGGGUCAGGUGCUGCUGCCUGGCUUGAUAUGCAUGCCACCCCACCCCCUCUUGCACAUUUAGCGUAGUCUUGAACAUAUCUUUGAUGCUUUUAAUGGUCCCAUUUGCUGGACAGGCUAUUAAACAAGCUUAGAUGUUUACAACAGUUUGCUAUUGAGCGUUGAGCUGGA